AUGGACGACGAAGAAUUGGAAGACGUUAAACAGCUCGAUCUCGCCGCCAUCAUCGGCUUCGACGGCGCCAACAACAGAAGCCUCGUCGCCCACCCGGACAAAAAGCACAUCGUCUACGCGCUCGGCAACCGAGUCGCCAUCCUGGAAUGGGCCACCAAGAAGCAGGAAUUCCUGGCCGGUCACACCAACAUAAUUUCCUGCAUCACCGUCUCGCAGUCGGGAGCCUACGUCGCCAGCGGCCAAAUUAACCACAUCGGAUUCAGGGCGCGGGUGAUAGUGUGGGACUACCAAAAGAAGGAAAUGAUAUCGACGCACGAGCAGCAUAAGGUCCGCGUGGAGGGCAUCGUCUUCUCGUCGCACGAGCACUACGUGACGAGCAUCGGCGGAAGAGACUGCGGAUGCGUGGUGGUGUGGGAUUGGCAAGAGCAGAAGGUGAUCUCAGCCGUGCAGAUUUCGAAAGGAGCGGCCGGAGACGCGUCGGUGAUAUCGUCGAUGCACAAGAGAGGCGAAUCGUUUAUCACUGGAGGCGACUGCCAUUUAUCCGUGUGGGUUAUUAACAAGGAAGCGAAGAGCUUGAAGCAGAUUAUCGUGCACACUAUGAAGCGCAGACGAGCCGUGUUGUGUAUUGAUAUCAACGAAAGAGAUGAGAUUGGUUACUGUGGUACAACCACUGGAGAUUUGAUGAAAGUAAGAUUAUGUUUCCACCACGAUCCUGACAUACUAGAUCCAGUAAAGAAUCCGAUCGUACAAGGCUAUUGGGCGAGGAUUUCCAACAAGAAACUCGAGCGUGGAAAAGUCGAUUUGUACGAAAACGGAAUUCAUUCAGUAAAAAUCCUGCCCGAUGGUUAUAUUCUCAUAGGCGCCGGCGACGGCACCUUCGAAAUGGUCGAAGAAGUGAUCAAACCAAACAAAAAGGAGGAUCUUAAAAUGCCUUCAAAACCGGCAUUGAAAAUCCUCAAAAGCAUCAACGUUAACGGCAGCGUAUCCGCCAUUCAACUGUUCGAUGUCACGACCUUUGUAGUGGGCACCGUCAAAUCCGAGAUAUACUUGGUCAAGAGGAAAGAAUUCCAACCCAUACUUGUUAUAACGUGUCACGUCUCGACUAUUUACGACAUCGCAUUUCCAUACAAUUUUUCGGAGGUAUUCGCGACGGCCAGCAAGCACGACGUGCGCCUUUGGUGCGUGAACACCAUGGAAGAACUCCUUCGGAUAAAAGUGCAAAAUUUCUAUUGCUCGAGCUUGGUGUUCUCCUACGAUGGAAAGGCCUUGUUUACCGGCUGGAGCGACGGCAUCAUCCGUUCGUUCACUCCAUUAACCGGCAGACUGAUCUACGCCAUAUUGAACGCCCACAACAAGGGAAUAUCCGCCAUAACUUGCACCAGAAACGGAAAGAGGAUAAUUAGCGGCGGGUGCGAAGGUCAAGUGAGAUUGUGGGACGUUUCGCCGACGAAACAACAAUUGGUUUGCACUUUAAAGGAACACAAAGGUCCCGUUUCUGCUAUCGACGUCAAUUCAGAUGACACUGAAGCGGCGACUGCCAGUGCAGACGGAACUUGCAUUUUAUGGGAUUUGCAAAGACAAUGCAGACGAUCGAUCUUGUUCGCUAACACGUUGUUUAUGUGCGUUAAGUAUGUACCGAGCGGGGUACAAUUGUUAACAGGUGGCUCCGAUAGAAAAGUGUCGUACUGGGAGGUACUGGAUGGAAGCUUAGUGAGAGAACUGGACGGUUCUCCAUCAGGAGCUGUAAACGGAUUGGAUAUAUCAUCGGACGGUAGUCUAUUUGUUACAGGAAGCAACGAUCAAAUCGUUAAACUGUGGAAUUACCAAACCGGGCUGACAACUCACGUAGGAAUAGGACACGCCGGCGCCGUGACCUGCACGACAUUCAGCGGAGACAACAAGUACAUAGUAACUUGCGACGCCUCUGGCGGUAUUUUCUUAUGGAAAACCCCUAAGAAAGAGGAAGUUCUUCCGCCGCCACUCGAAACCGUCGAAGAAGAACCAGAACCAAUUCAAGAGGAACCGGAAGAGGAAAAGGUGGAGACCGUACGAGAUAUACCGACGGUUCGAGUGUGCGUGGAACUACCGCCGUGCGAAUGUAACAUACCUCCGGAUGAUGAUAGUCCAAGGUACUGCUGUCGAAUGCGCGGCGGUGGAGACAACACAGCCCUGAUGCCGGAGACCAGUAGAAGCGUCAAGUCGAUACAAUCCGUAAGGUCGCAGGCGUCUGUACAGUCGGUGAAAUCCGUUCAAUCUGUGAAAUCUGUAAAAUCAGUGCAAUCUGUAAAGUCUGUACAAUCUGUUAAAUCGGUGCAGUCUGUAAAGUCUGUGCAAUCUGUUAAAUCUGUUAAAUCUGUACAGUCUGUAAAAUCUGUGCAAUCGGGAAAAUCAGUACAAUCUGUUAAAUCUAAUAAGCCUGUGAAAUCUCAGUCGUCCGUAAGUUCGCGAACGAAAUAG